AUGUCACUGGCGCAGGAUGAGGCACGACCUCACUUCAUCCCGCACACUCCCAGCGGCCUUCCCAAUGCUCGUCCCAACAUUGUUAUUUUCAUGCCCGACCAACUACGCUAUGAUGCUUUGCGAUGCUCUGGCAUGAACCCCGCCAUAAAGACACCCAACAUCGAUUCCUUUGCGUCGCGUGGGGUGCGCUUCACAGAAUGCUACGCUCAGGCCUCGGUAUGCAGCCAGUCCCGUUGCUCAAUGUUUACCGGGUUAUACCCCCAUGUAUCAGGCCAUCGAUCACUCGAAAACUUGAUCAAGCCAUGGGAGCCAAACCUUUUCCGCUCGCUGAAAGAAAACGGUUACCAUGUCGCCUGCAUGGCUCCGCGCGGUGACAUGUUCGCUCCAACCGUGACGGAGCUCAGUUUGACCGAGUAUGGGUUUCUAGAGCCGCCUGAGGUAUCGAAGAUAAUUGGGAAAUUUGCUGCGCCAGAAAGACCGGAAGAUAAAAUCACGAUCUGGGAGCGACUCUUCUACAAGGGACGACGGGAUGUUUCCAAAGCAGUCGAUUAUGAUGAGGCUGCAAUCCGCAGUGCAGAGAAAUGGCUCGAGGUUCCCCCGAAUGAUAAGCCUUGGGUGCUGUUUUUGCCUUUGCUUUUCCCUCAUUGUCCCUUUACGGUGGAGGAGCCAUACUUUUCAAUGUAUGACCGGAAGGAUAUGCCAGUCCCAUCUUCUCCGGAUGCAAAGACAGGAUACGAGCCCAGAUAUAUGCGAGUCAAUCGCACUAGAUAUGGCACCCAUCGCGCAACGCCUGAAAUCUGGGCCGAAGUGUCAGCUACAUACCACGGCAUGAUCUCGCGACUGGACGAUCAGUUUGGCCGCAUUGUCCGAAAACUCGAGGAGACGAACUUGUGGUCCAAGACAAUCACCAUGUUUUUCACCGACCACGGCGAGUAUCUCGGCGAUCAUGGACUGAUUGAAAAAUGGCCUAGUGGCCUCUCGGAAACGCUCGUGCGAAAUCCGCUUAUCAUCGCCGGCGGAGGGAUCCCGGAGGGCGUUGUCAGUGACUCGAUGACCGAAAUGGUCGAUAUACUGCCGACAGUACUGCAGCUGUGUGGCAUCGAUGAGACUUUCCCUCAUAACGGACAAUCACUCGUGCCAACGCUUCUUCACAACGGGUCAUCAUCAUCGCCAUCACAUCAUCGCGACUUUGCCUUCUCUGAAGGCGGGUUUUUGGUAUCUGAAGAGCCGCUGCUAGAACACGCGUCUUUUCCGUAUGACAUCAAGGCCAGUCUUCAGCAUGAAGAUGUCAAGUUGGUGGGAAAAGCAAUUUCUAUGAGAAAUAUGGAAUGGACCUAUAUUUAUCGACUGUACGAGCCGGCCGAGUUGUACCAUAGACCACAGGAUCCCCACGAGCUGCAUAACCUGGCCGCUGAUCCGGAAUAUGCACAUGUGGCACGAUCUAUGGAAAGUCUAAUGUUCCGAUGGAUGGUUGAGACUAGUGAUUUCUUGCCAUUUACGAAAGACAAUAGGUUCCCCAAGGUAGAUUUACCAGAUCCGAAAUCUAUGUGGGAAAAGAGAAGGGGGGAAAAGGCAUUUGGUCUGCAGACCAGAGAUAUAAAUGUAAUCCCGAAAUAA